GAAGAGAGCAUUGAAGUCUCGUUUGUACUAAUGUGGGAUUUAGUGUGGGAGGGCUCAUGGACGGAGAACUGGGUCAUAAUGCCCUGUUGGGAGUCUUCGUCGUCGUCAUCGUCGUUGCUGUCGUAGUCUUUGAUCUGGAAUCCCGCGGCUGACAUGCAUCGGAAACCAUGACCCAGGUGUGUUUCCAGCAAUUGGGAAUGGAACUGGGAGCGACGAGUUCAAUCUGACAGAACGGGGCGUUGGGUGGCCGAUGUGGAGGCUCCGCAUGUCCUUUGCUUAAUUUAGGAAAAGAAGAGAGUUCAAAGCGACACUGCGGAAGUACUUGGGGAGAGAUGUUCUUCUUGCAAAGUGGUCGAAGCUCUCGCUGCCGAAACCACGCAUUAGCCCUUAAGCUCCUUUCGUACGUUCCACUCCAUGCAGCCCUUCAUUCCAUCAACCCCCAUUUGCCACCCAUACCUCACGCCCCGAUCUCCCGAGACCAUCUCAAGACACCGUUUGCAUGCCUUGACCCGUCUCAGUCACAGACCAACUUUUGGGUUCCUCUCAUUGAUCAUAAUUGCUUGGAAACAGAUUAGGGAACAAGAGAGUCUGUAAGUUGCAAUGCGAGGAAUUGUGGUAGCGGAGGAUUGAAGAACCGCUGAGUCAGGCGUUUGUUUUGUAGAGCAGUGAUGGGAUGUUUACAGGUGUGUUCUUAAAAGAACUAUCAACAUUGGGGUUGCGGAAUAUCAAAGACCUGAUUAGUUAUGCAUCUUUGUCUUGGAAAUCCGACUUCUUGGCGCAAAACGUGAAUUGUGGAUUCCCCUAAACUAAUGAGUAAGAUCGCCUUGUUGCAAUCACCGCACUGAUUGAAAGGCACGUUAAGGCGACAAGCAAUCGGUCUUUAUGGGGAUAGGCAAUGGUAACUGGAAGCAGUACUCACAAGGAGGCCCAGGCGAUCAUUAUCCCGGGAUGGGGUGUGGCAAAGUGAGCGUUGUUGUGGGCACAGCCUGUACACUAUCUUUUGUCUAUGCUCUGUCUCUCUUGCUCAUGAGCACGCGCCCCUGCUGGAACGCCUGUCAACCCACGCCUUGCGCUUCGUUGAGCACUCUCCCGGUCGGCUACAACGACACUAUCUCUCAGUUAGCAGUUCCUGGUGGUAAUUUUUCUGAGUCAAUGGCCCAGGUUGAUCAUUUUGCACCCCUUAAGGCAGAGGGUCAAUUCCCUGCUGAUGAAAAGGGCGAGGUCGCAAACUGUACUUCCACCUUCAACGGAAGGCAUACUGGCACAGAUAUCUCAAGAAUAGUGUUCGGCAUCGCAGGAGCAAGGGAUAUGUGGUGGGGAAGGAAAGAGUACUUGAAGCUGUGGUGGAAGCCUUCAAAGAUGAGAGGGUUUGUGUUUCUAGAUGAGAAGCCUUACGGGGAUUAUUGGAUCGACGACUGGCCUCCCUACAGAAUUUCAGAGAAUACUUCCCAUUUCGAGUACACAUACAAAGGAGGCUCGCGAUCCGCUAUUCGGAUCUCACGCAUCUUGUCAGAGAUGCUCAGAAUGGAUCUCCCCAAUGUGGAUUGGUUCGUGAUGGGAGACGAUGACACUCUCUUCUUUGAAGACAACCUCGUCCAAGUUCUGUCAAAGUAUGAUCACACCAAGAUGUACUACAUCGGAAGCAACUCUGAGAGCCACCUUCAGAACAUUCACUUCUCCUACAACAUGGCCUUCGGUGGAGGAGGAUUUGCCAUCAGCUAUCCGCUUGCCAAGGCGCUUGAGAAAAUACAAGAUGACUGUCUUGCAAGAUAUCCGCACCUGUUCGGAAGCGAUGAUCGGAUGCAGGCAUGCAUGGCAGAGCUCGGUAUUCCCCUGACCAAGGAACCAGGGUUUCACCAGCUUGAUGUGGUAGGAGAUAUAUCUGGUUUGCUUGCUGCGCAUCCAGCGGCUCCUCUAGUGACUCUUCAUCACCUAGAGAUAGUGCAGCCCAUCUUUCCGAACACGGCCACGAAAAACUUCACGCGCGUAGAAGCAUUGAAGCACCUGCUCAAGGCCGCUGAAGUUGAAGCUGCGAGUAUUCUUCAACAAUCAAUCUGCUACGACCGAUUCCUCAAAUGGUCAUUCAGUAUCUCGUGGGGCUACGUUGUGCAAGUUCAUAAGGGUUUUGUCAGUCCUCGGGAGCUCCAAAUUCCCCAAAAAACUUUCAAGUCGUGGCACAAAGAUCAGAACAAAGUGACUUUUCCUUUUAACACCAGAGACUAUCCUGAAAAUGUUUGCCAACAACCAACCAGAUUUUUCAUGGAGUCUGUUAAGCCUACCGCUGUAAACUCUGAAGGUGAGAUGGAGGGCGUCUUUCAAAGAGAGUACUACGAAAAGAAGUACACCUGCGCUGAAACCCUACAGCCAUUAAGCACUGUGCACAGGAUUCGCGUGUUAAGGAAAAAGAUUGACCCCUCAUGGUAUCAGAUGCCAAGAAGAUCAUGUUGCAGGAUCAGGAAUUGGGAGAAUGAGAAUAUUGAUAUUCAUGUCGGUCUCUGCGGGGACAGUGAGAGUAUCAUCGGUACCUUCGGGUGAUGUUGCCGAAGCACUCAAUCCUGCAACCUGCCGACAAUUGGAGUCAUUAUCUCUGCCCGAUUUAUAAUGAUCAGAAGAUUAAAUCCGCAAUCCAAUGUUCACCAGCUCCGAGUUCAUCAUAUCGUAGAUGCUGUCCACCACCACGAAAUGGCUACAAAUUGCAGUAAUAGCUCCAAAGCUGCCAGCUCCGCUAUGGUGAGGAGCUCUCAUCUCCCAGACAACACUAAUCGAGCACAGAACGAGGGUUUCUCAAGCUUAUUUACUGCAUGCAGCAGCAGAUAGCACCAGAUGUAGAUGAAGCAGAGUAGAAUUUCUCGAUUUAUCGAUUGUACACUGCUAACAUGUUACCGAACUGAUUUGUUAACCUCUUCGACUGCGUUUUCGCUCUCGCUAACUUCUGUAAUUUGGCUUUGGCAACGAUGCGACAUUGAAAUCAGUAAGCUAUGCUGUAAAUGGAGCUUUCCAAAUAUUUCGAAGAUUUCGCAAAUGUACGAGUCCCGAUUGCGGCAAAA